AUGGGGAGAUUCUGGCAUGGACGACCUGCCACAGGCCGACCUCCUAAGUAUUCUCGGGAUGCCGAGUCCGCCUUCCACAAGCCUCGCCCUUUGGUCGAGCUUGGCCUCGAGGAAGAGGAAUUUCAUAAUAUAUUCCACUUGAACAUCCAUAUGCCCGCGACGCAUUCCCCAUCAAGUCCCCGCAAUGAUCAGGCACCAUCCAUCAACCACCUCCCCGCCGAACUCCUUUCAAUUAUCUUCCGCUUAACCGCUCCUGGGUAUUUCGAAUCUUUUUGGAGUACCUAUUACAUUCGUCGCAUUCUUUGUUCUGUGUGUCCCCUGUGGAGCGCCAUCGUCGUGUCCAUCCCAGAACUAUGGAAAAUUGUCGUUGGUUUCGUUGACAUUCCCGACUAUUGGAGGAAAACUGGAUAUCAAAUCCAGUUAUCGCAGGAUCACAUGCUCUACCUUGUCUUCGCUCGAUAUAACACUGCCUCAGCCUAUGAUUUGGAGGGCAUCCAAGCUCAAAUGAUGCUCGCGCACGCCAUACCCCUCUUUCAGAGAAUUUGGUAUCUCUCCAUCGACGUUCGAGCUCCUCAUUACCAUCGAUCAAAGAGCACUUUGUUCGGCGUAUGGCUCAUCUCCAAGUUCUCAAAUUGCAACGGAGAAAAUUUUCGCUACAUUUGCCAGGAGAGACCCGAAUGGACGAACGACCUUGGUGGGCUCGGUCGUUUAACCGUCUCACACUUCACCAGCGAUGUGCAUCAAUUGGACCUGAAUGACGUUGGAGAAUUCCUUCACAAACUUUCUUUCGACUUCCUCAAGUUUGUAGACGUCAACUUUAAUUUCGAUCCGAACCAUCCUCCAACUCCAUCUUCAUUAUACGUAAGGGACCUUGAGCUUGAAAAUCUUUCCAAUCGGCUGUGUAACGACUUCUUUCACAACCGCGAGCUGGACUCUCCCAAUAGUCUUUCAGUCAAGAAUUGCCGCCUAGAUGGGCGACUCGUCUUCCCAUUAACCUGUGAUACUCUUAAUCUAGAGGGGGUUCGUGGCAAUGAACGUCUCCAUUCUCUUUUACGAUGGUGGAAUUCCCACACAGUAUCUUUCACGAAUUGCCCAGGGUUCAACAAUGUUGUCCUUAAAACGCUGGGAGCAGUUGACGAAAAUGCUCCAUACGUAUCCAGUGUUGAAACGUUCCAGAACAUCGUCUUGACUGGGUGCUCAAAUUUCUCCAUUCGAGCUCUGAAGCGUAUGGUUGAGCUACGCAAUUCUUUCAUUGACUACGCCGACCCGGAUUGGAUGGAUCUCGAAGUUGACGCACCCGGGCUUGAAUCCGUCGUCGUCCAUGGUUACGGCAACGAAUUGUCGGCUGCAGACAGAAAGUGGUUUGAAGGUCACUUGUCAUCGGUCAUCACUGUUUGCCUCAAGUACCCACUGACAGGACUAAAAACCGGCGAGAUCGCCCUUUUAUUGCAUGCGAACUUCUUGACGAAAUUUACCACCGGGGCCCGCUGCACGGCGUUAAAAUUUGGCGGGUCGGCAUGGAACUGGAGCACCACCAAAAACCAGGAACACAGCAAUGCCAAGGACGACCAAGUGCGUACCGGUUGUUUUACGCGGGGAGCGGGAGUUUUUCCUAGGGACCUUCAUGGUUACGACCUGUUCCCGCGACUCCAAAUUCCAUCCCUUGCGGAGGGAUCUUUCCUUGGACGAACUUUGGAAGCUGACGGAGGCUUACCGGUCGUCGAAGUCGAUUGUUUCGGGAGAUUGAAAUGGUUGUCACGUCCAGGUCACAUCCAACUGUCAGAAUUUUGA